AUGCUAGCUCAAAACACCGUUCAAUUCCAGCAAACUACCAAUAGUACUCUCCAACAACAUUCAGCUGCUAUAACCAAAAUGGAGACACAAUUAGGUCAGAUUGCUAAUGCUUUGAGUCAAAGAGAACCCGGGAAAUUUCCAAGCCAACUGGUGAUACUUCAAAGGAACCAAGAGCAAGCCAAAGCGGUCAUAACACUUAGAAGUGGUAAGGUUAUUAAUAAUGGAGUUGGCAAUGAAGUUACUAAUGAAUCUGAUCAUGUAAAUGCAGGCCCCACUCAAGAAGAGAAUGAGAAACUGAAUGGAGAUCCAAGCAAUUCCACUUCUUCAUAUGAAGCUCCAAAUUUUCACAAGGCUAAAAAACCUUACACUCCUCCAAUCCCAUUUCCUGGAAGACUUGCCAAAAGCAAGCAGGAUAAGAAUAUGCCAGCGUAUGGGAAAUUUUUCAAGGAGCUAAACACUUAUAAGAGGAAGUAUGGACCUAAGGAGAAGGUGAUGGUGUCUGAAAAUGUGAGUGCUGUGCUUCAAAGAAAGCUCCCACCAAAACUCAAGGAUCCAGGCAAUUUUCUAUCAAUAUCACCAUUGGAGACAAGCGAGCAAACAAACUAUUUCAUUGCAACUUGCGAUCGAUCAGUGAAAUAUCCAAGAGGUAUAGUGGAAGAUAUCUUAGUUCAAGUUGACAAACUAAUUUUGCCUGCUGAUUUUGUAGUGUUGGACAUGGAAGAGGCUCCUAUACAUGAUCGUGAGUUACCUAUUUUGCUUGGGAGACCCUUUAUGGCCACGGCAAAGACUAUCAUAGAUGUGCAAAAUGGUCUCCUCACCAUGACUGUGCUAGGAGAAACUGUACAAUUCAAAGUAUAUCAAGGGAAUAAGCCCUACCAUGUGCAUGCAUCGAAUUUUAUUGGGGAAGGAGCGAAACCAACUCGUGAACCACAAAGAAGGCUCAAUCCACACAUGAAGGAAGUAGUGAGAGCUGAAGUGUUGAAGUUGCUAGAUGUGGGUAUCAUAUACCCGAUUUCUGAUAGCAAAUGGGUCAGCGCUGUUCACGUAGUGCCUAAGAGGAUUGGAAUCACAGUGGUAAAAAAUGAGCAUAAAGAGCUUGUUCAAACGAGACCUGCAGCUAGUUGGUGUGUUUGCACCGAUUACAGGAAGUUGAAUUCAGACACUAGAAAAUAUUAUUUUCCUAUGCCUUUUAUUGAUCAAAUGCUUGAGCGAUUAGCUGGUCACGCAUAUUAUUGUUUUCUUGAUGGAUAUUCAGGUUAA